CUCGUCCGCACCAACUGCUCGACCGCGCCAACUGCUCGACCGCGCCAACUGCUCGCCCGCCGCAGAUUGCCGCCAAAUUGCUGCAAUCGAUAGCCGCUGCACCAACACCGACAUGGCCAACCCGCCCGGCGCCUUCACGCGCGCCUGGUACGAGUGGAAGAUGCUGCGCUUUCCGUGGCGCAAGAAGUGGCUCGUGGGCUUCGACCUCCAGGGCAACACCUUCUGGGAGUUCAAGGACGCCCUGCACUCGCUGCGCAACCGCCGCAUCGCCAAGUACCACCGCAGCACCCACUACAGCGAAGUCAAUGUGUCGCCCGCCUGGAUGCAGUGGUUGCGCCACACCCGCUUCGAGCCGCCCUCGCUGGAAGAGCAGCGCGCCAACGUCCAGCGCCAGGCCACCCUGAAGCUGCUCGCCGCCCGCGCAGACGCGAGGUGGGCCGCGAAGCCGGGCGCCCUUGAUGCCCCCGAGAAGCAGCAGCCGAUGCCGAUGCUCGAGUCGCGCGACCCGGAGUCGGGCAUUGCGCCGCCUGGCGAGGGCCUGAACAGCGCAGGGACUGAGGCAGGAGGGGUGGAAGUAGGAGGGGCAAAGGGAAGGCGGGCAGAGGCAGGGCGGGCAGAAGAGGCAGACGUCGCGCCCAUCGCUGAGGCACCGCAGACCGAGUCCACGCAGACCGAGCCAGCGCCCUUUACAGCGAAGAAGCGCAUGCGCACCCACAAGCCGCCCAAGGAGGACUCGCCCUGGAAGCAGCCCGCCGGCAACCCGGGCGACGACUGGCAGCCGAAACCCUGGGCCCCGCCGCCGAGGAGGCGUUAAGGUGUCAGUUUGUGUUGCGAUUGUUGUAUAGUACGGCAUCUGAUAGUAUGACGCCUGUAUAGUAUGUAUAGUAUGUACCACAUAGCAUGAUACCCACAAGGAAACCUCUGCGUGCAGACCAUCAUAAGCUUGUAAUAACGAGCAGGAACCUGCACUCAACAACGUUGAGUGAGAAGGCAGUGUGUUGACGUCAAGAGUGUGUUAGGAAGGAGCAGAGAGACUAGUACAGCACCUGUCUCAUCCACACCACACCAUACCACGAAGCAAAAAAAAAAAAGCAAAAAGAUUGAAUAGCUGAGACUGGUUUCGAUCCAG